AUGAGAGUCGCGGAAUUGAUUAAUGACUAUCGGACGCUCCAACUUCACAUCUCGCAGCAAUUGGCUUCCGUGUCAAUGGGGAAUGCGCAACAUGAGGGAUAUCGAGUUCUGGCACAGAGCUCAGCGUCAGCACAGCGGCUGUUGGCCACGGGGUUCGCGAGCAUGCCUAUUGAAGAUCAGGGGAGUGAUCCUGAAAUGGAAAAGGCUCAACUGCGCCAGGUUAUUCUCGAUGCAAGUGUCCGUCGAUUCCAAGCUCACAAGAUCUAUCUUCGCGUUGCGGCCGCAAAGAGAUGGGUCCUUAAUCGCAAUGAGCUCAUUUCACGUGUAUCCAAGGGGUACAGUUCUCAAUUACGAGAGAUUGAUCAAUUGCUACGCCAAGAAUUGGACAGCGUCACCGAUCACACUAUCUUUUCAGAUCUUCGACAAGCUGAUUUAAGAGCUGGUCUCUGGGCACUGAUGCUUUGUUUUUUCUUUUUGCGACGGUUUCUAUAUUUACCAUUCGCCAUUCCUAGGAAUCAUGCAGGGCAUGACAACUUUUAUUUGUGGAUGCGAAGUGCUACAUGA